CUGCAACAGAGGGAUUGGAAAAUACUAUGAAUCAUUUUCAUAGCAAUAAUGUCACAGCUAAAAGCAAGGUAUAGAACACAGAAGAAGCAUUGGGAUCACUGUGAGAGUCCUCAGCCCAUACCCUAAAUUGAUGCAGAAAAUAAGGGAUCCGAUGAGUUGUGGUCUCUGAAUAAGUGGGAGGCAUUACCCUAUUAUGAAUGCCAGCCAUAAUAUAAAGCAAGCUGCUCGUUUCUGCGUCUGGGUCCUAUUCCUUUUUGUCUGUCAAGCUAAAACAAAGAGAGAGAGAGACCUGACUCUGGUCACUGUGUUGGGUGUACCACACUGACUAGGUGAAAGCUCAGAAUGGGAAAAACUCAGUAACUCAUUCACGCAUGACUGAGAUUGACAGAGAUUGAGUGAAAUUCCACCACUCAUCUAAGCAUGGCAUGAUGUGCACGCCAAAGUUUGUAGCUUUCUGAAGUCUAAAUCACCAAGAAGAAGAAGAAAAACCCAGAUGCUAUCACCUACCAAGUCUAUGGAUUACGAAAGGAUCCAAAAGCCUCAGGUUGGUGGUGGUGGGGGAUUUUCACCUGGGAAGUUGAGGACUAUGCUACUUGGGGUAGAGAAGAAGAGGAAGGAGCAGGGAGAUUCUGAAUCUACUUUCAAUUUGAGAUCUCAAGCUUCUGAAUUUGAAGGGAAUGGUGGUGCUGAUAACUGCAAAGACGUAGAUGUUGUGAGUGUUCAUCCUGAAUGCUCGACUUCAACUGCUGUUGAUUCAUCAGGCUCAGAGAUGAUGAGUGACCGCAGCUUGAAGGAUAAUGCAUUAGGCAAUUUCAGAGCUAGGAAUCAAGAACACCCGUCGUUGGAUUAUGAUAGUGGACAUGAUGCAAUGAGUACUGUGUCCUCUUCCAUCUUUGAGUUUCAGAAGGCAGAAAGGGGCACACAAAGACUGCCUCUUGCACCUUUCUCCAAACCAGCACCAUCCAAAUGGGAUGAUGCUCAGAAGUGGAUAGCAAGUCCAACUUGGAGCAGGCCAAAGAGUGGGCAAGGAGUUGGAUCACGAAAGGCGGGUAAUCUAGGUUAUGGAAGUCGCCAACCGACGACAAAGGUUGUUGUUGAAGUUCCAGAUUCAAAAGUAGCUAACUUUGAAGAGCCAGAUACCAAACGGAUUGACACAAAUCAAACUAAGAUGGAAACUGGGGGGCAGAAGUUUGUUAACUGGGAGGCUGAGCCCUACCCCAUUGCCGAUUCUUACAUCAAGCCUGUGCUCAUGAUCGAAAAUUCUGUUGGAGAGUCAGCAAUCAAUCUUAGCCGGCUGGAUUCUUCUGGAGCCUUCCAUGGGACGACGACAUUUAUUCCUCCCCCUUCAACAGCAAGGUCUGUGUCCAUGAGAGAUAUGGGUACAGAGAUGACACCAAUUGCUAGCCAGGAACCUUCCAGGACUGGAACUCCAGUGGGGGCAACAACACCAAUUCGUAGUCCAACUAAUUCAAGGCCGUCUACUCCCUCCAGAGCUGCACAAGCUUCAUCUCCCAAUGCUCCAUCUAUUGAUCACAUAGGUCCUAACAAGGAGCUGUCUGAGAAAGAGAAAACUAGGCGAGAGAUAAUGGCUCUUGGGACACAGCUGGGUAAGACGAAUAUUGCUGCCUGGGCUAGCAAAGAAGAGGAUAAAGAUGCAUCAACAUCAGUAAAAUCUGCAGCAUCAGAACAACUAGCUAGGAGUAUUAUUGAGACACGUGCAGCAGCAUGGGAGGAGGCUGAGAAAGCCAAGUAUUUGGCUAGGUUUAAACGUGAAGAGAUGAAAAUUCAAGCGUGGGAGAAUCAUCAGAAAGCGAAAUCAGAAGCAGAGAUGCGGAAAGUCGAGGUAGAAAUCGAAAGGUUAAGGGGACGGGCACACAGUAAGCUAAUGAAUAAAAUAGCAGCUGCAAGGCAUAAGGCUCAAGAAAAGCGAGCAGCAGCGGAGGCCAAGAAAAACCAGCAAGCUGCAAAAACGGAGCAACAAGCAGAGCACAUUCGCAGAACUGGCCAGGUCCCUUCCACAUUUUGUUGUUGGGGUUGGUGCUCUUGAUGUUCGAGUCACUUUGUACCCUUUUGUCGAUUUUCUGUGAAUUGCAUUGUAUGUCCAUGGUCAAACACCGUAGGAUGUCCAGCCUUCAUGUAGAAACCAAAAAACUCUGAUUUAGAGCCAGUCGAUUCCUUUGUUCAUCACGACGACAGAAGAGUAUUAGGAUUCAAGUGUUUAACAGCAUAGUAAUGUACCUGCAUCUAUCAUUCUAUCUAGUAAUGAGUAAUCUAGUAUCUUCCAGCAAUUCAAUGC